GCUAGGGUGGACUUCGUUGUUAUCGCGUAGUCUACACCCCCUCUCUCUCUCUACCGCGCGCGCUCUCUCUCUGCCCGUCUCUCUCCCCCUCGUUCUACUUCCCAUCUCUUCCUUAAUCCYAUUUGCCAUUGUACAUGCCCAAUCGCCGUAUACUUUCCGCAUUUAACUUGGAUGACAUUUUUAUUUCAUCAUUAGCAUCCGGCGCCAGACUGACGCGGUGGACACAGUUGCAUUUUGACUAAGGAACGCACAAGACUUGGAUGCAAUAUCGAUAUUAUUUUGUUCUCUCUGAAGACUAUUUUCUUUUCUGAUGUGUAUUUUAUUUUUGUCGUUCUCGAUCAUCUGGUAAUCAAGACGAUAUUCAUAAUUUAAAACAUCGCAAAGAAGGACAAUUGCCAGUCUUCUAUUUGAAUAAUAUCACUGUUUCUAAGUCUUUUAACACUUACAUUUGUGGUCUAAGGCAUUCGGACCACAACCUCCAAGCAGCAAUGCCCGAGACGGCGCAAGAGACGUGCACUCCGGUGAAAGACUCUCCCUUCUUCAUUAAGAACUUGCUGAACUGUGAUAGUAAACCAUCCAAACCGAAGCCCAUCUUCGCCUCGGCAAAGGUAGCUUUUGAAGGGGGCUUUUCUCUAUCCCAGGUCGGGGACUUCAACUUUCCUCGCUUUGAGUUACCCACGCAGAGGUUUGCCUUACCCGCGCACUAUCUGGAGCGAGCCUCAGCAUGGUGGUAUCCCUACACACUCAGUGCAGCCAGUCAUCUACACAGAACCGAAGUUGCGGAGAAGGCAAGAGCAAGAGACUCCUCUCCAACCUCGUGCACGGAUCGCGACUCGCCAGACCUGGUGCUCAAAUCUGACCCAGACAGCAAAGAAGACGAGGACAACAAAAGUGGGGAUGAAAUAGUUCUUGAAGAGAGUGAUCCUGAGGACACAAAGAAAGACAGUGGGGUAGACGACUGGAAGAAAAACGAGGACGGUGGGGACAAGAAAGCAUGUCGAAAAAAGAAAACACGCACAGUGUUCUCCCGGAGUCAGGUGUUUCAGCUCGAGUCCACCUUUGACAUGAAACGCUACUUGAGCAGUUCGGAGAGGGCCGGAUUGGCAGCGUCUUUGCACCUGACAGAGACCCAGGUAAAGAUUUGGUUCCAGAACAGAAGAAAUAAAUGGAAGAGACAGCUUGCAGCUGAACUAGAGGCUGCCAAUCUGAGCCACGCCACUGCACAGAGGAUAGUGCGAGUGCCCAUCCUCUACCACGAGAACUCUGCCUCAGAGACUGGCAGUGCGACCGGGAACGUGCCUGUGAGCCAGCCGCUCCUCACCUUCCCUCACCACCUCUAUUACUCUCACCCAAUCGUCACCUCUGUGCCGCUACUCAGACCGGUCUGAAAAACAAGAGGUUGUUGUCUAUAUUCCUAACUCGUACAGAACACUACACAAUACAAACUAAAACAAUAUUUUUGUAAAGAAGAAAAAUAAAAAUAAAAAAGAGAGCCAUGCUUUCUGUCAAAGAGGACCUAUUGCGCAUUUUUAUAUUAGACUGCAGUUUACAUUUUCUCUGGUAUAAUUUCACACUAUUAGCAUAUUGUUAUUAUUAAUAUUAAACGUAUUCUUCUAAUUAUUGUUAUAAUAAUAAUUAUUAUUAGGCCUAUUAUUAUUAGGCCUUUUGUUAUUAUAGCAGCUUUGAGAUCAUUUCCGCUAAGACUAUCCAGUUCACACUGCCCCAAAAUACAUUUCAGCAACCUGUUUUCCCCGCGCAGAACCAUAACAUUCAGGAAAUUACAUUGGAGUUAAUUUUAUUCAAUUUCUAUUUACAGCGUGUGUUAUGACAAUUCGGUAACAUUGGUUUGUUUUCUAUCGGAUAAUGUGAUUUUGAUAUGGGCAAUACUGUAAGCACUAUCAUUUGACCCCAAGUUAUGUGAUAGACCCAUUCAAUKUAUUGUGUUUUCUCUUUGCUCAGCUAUUUAGGAAUGAAUAUCGGACAGAUUAUCGAACGGGCUUCUUUUUUUCCUUUUUUUUUUUUUAAACUUAAAGCGCUUUAGCAGGGGACAAUCAAGAUACACUGUUUUAUGUAUAAUUGUAGCUUAUAGGCUUAUUGUUUUGAUGUAUUGAUUCUCAUUUAUGCUUGCUCGACAAUGUCCUUAUAGCACAACUAAGAAUUGAAUGUCAUUGCCUUUUGUGUUUUUGAAACUUUAUCAUGGUGUACAAAUGUAUAUGGGUAUAUUGAAUCGAGUCAAUGAAAGAAGCUACCAGGUGAUGCUAUUCCUUUGUACAGAAAAACACGUUUUGAUAUUGUAUUGCUGAAUUAUGUUGUGAAAUAAAUGGAGGUUAUUCCAUAUUUAAAUAUUUCAAAUCAGUGCGUACUCAAGAAUGCACAAUGAUGUAAUUAGGUGUAGUCUACAUAUGCCUCAGGCAUCUAUUCAGAAAUGUCAAAUUUUGCCUGUUUGCCUCCCAAACAAAUUAGGCUAUUGUCUACUUUCAAAACGUCUUCAUGAACAGGAUGUAUUGUUGCAUAAUGAAAAUGAAUAUAAAUAAACAAACAAUAC